AUGGUGGUGGUCAGAAGUUCUAUCUUCCUCCUACUCCUAAACCUGCUGCAGGGGUCCAAUGCUUCCUUUAUUCAGCUGAAUAACAAUGGCUAUGAAGGCAUUAUCAUAGCUAUAAGCCCUGGUGUGCCAGAAAAUGAAAUGCUGAUUGAAAAAAUAAAGGACAUGGUAACUGCAGCUUCUACUUACCUAUUUGAAGCCACAGAAAGAAGAUUUUUUUUCAAAAAUGUAUCAAUAUUAAUUCCUGAUACUUGGAAUGAAAAGCCUCAAUACAAGAGACCAAAACACGAAAGCUACACACAUACUGAUGUUUUAGUUGCACCACCUACCCUACCAGAUAGAGAUGAACCAUACACAAACCAAUUCGAACCCUGUGGAGAAAAAGGAAAAUACAUCCAUCUCACCCCUGACUUUGUACUUGGAAAAAAAGAAAAUGAAUAUGGACCAGCAGGCAGACUACUUGUCCAUGAAUGGGCCCAUCUCCGCUGGGGAGUGUUUGAUGAGUACAAUGACAAUGAACCUUUCUACAGUGCUUCAUCUAAAAGAAUUGAAGCAACAAGGUGUUCCACAGGUGUUACUGGUAUAAAUAGAGUUUAUAAAUGUCAAGGAAACAGCUGUGUAUUUGAUAGAUGUAAAAUUGAUCCUAAGACAAAACUAUAUGAAAAAAACUGUCAAUUUUUCCCUGACAAAGAUCAAACUGAAGAGAUAUCCAUAAUGUUUAUGCAAAGUAUUACUUCUGUUGUUAAAUUCUGUAAUGAAAAAAACCAUAAUAGAGAAGCUCCAAAUCUACAAAACAAACUGUGCGAAUCCAGAAGCACAUGGGAGGUGAUCAGCAGCUCUGAGGAUUUUAAAAACACCGUACCUAUGGUGGAUUCACCCCCGUCACCUAUCUUUUCAUUGCUGAGGAUCAGAGAUAGAACUGUGUGCUUAGUUCUUGAUAAAUCUGGAAGCAUGCACGGUGAACGCCUAAAUCGAAUGAAUCAAGCAGCAAAAUAUUUCCUGCUACAAGCUAUUGAAAAUGGAACCUGGGUGGGAAUGGUGCACUUUGAUAGUUCUGCCUCCAUUAAAAGUGAGCUAAUCCAAAUAAUAAGCACCAAUGAAAGAAAUCAGCUCUUGAACAGCUUGCCUCCAGCAGCUGGUGGGGGAACUUCCAUCUGUGCUGGAAUUGAUGUAGCAUUUCAGGUAAUAAGAAAAACAUACUCCCAAAUAGAUGGAUCUGAAAUAGUGCUGCUGACUGAUGGGGAGGAUGGCUCUGCAGGAAAUUGUCUUGAUAAAGUAAAAGAAAGCGGGGCCAUUAUUCACUUCAUUGCUUUGGGACCAUCUGCUGAUAGAGCAGUCAUAGAGAUGAGCAAUGUAACAGGAGGAAUGCAUUUGUUUGCCUCAGAUAUAGCCCAGAACAAUGGCCUCAUUGAUGCUUUCGGAGCCCUUACAUCAGGAAACGCUGAUAUUUCCCAGAAGUCUAUUCAGAUUGAAAGUAAGGGAUUCACACUCAUAGAUAGUCUCUGGAUGAACGGAACUGUAAUAAUUGAUAGCACUGUGGGAAAGGACACAUUCUUUCUGAUCACAUGGGUAAAAAAGCAGCCCAUUAUUUCUCUCUUGGAUCCCAAUGGGACACCAAUGAAAAAUUUCACAGUGGAUACUGCUUCCAAAAUGGCCUAUUUCAGUGUUCCAGGAAUUGCAAAGGUGGGUGUUUGGACUUACAGUCUUCAAGCCAAAGAAAACUCAGAAACAUUAACUAUAACAGUUAAUUCUCGAGCAGCAAAUUCUUCUGUGCCCCCAAUCACAGUGAAUGCUAAAAUGAAUAAAGACACAAACAGCUUCCCCAGCCCAAUGAUUGUUUACGCAGAAAUUCUACAAGGGUAUACACCCAUUAUUGGAGCCAGUGUGACUGCAUUCAUUGAAUCAAAUAAUGGAAAAACGGAAGUUUUGGAACUUUUUGAUAAUGGUGCAGGUGCUGACACUUUCAAGGAUGAUGGGGUCUACUCCAGAUAUUUUACAGCUUAUUCAGAAAAUGGCAGAUAUAGUUUAAAAGUACGAGCUCAUGGAGGAGCAAACACUGCCACACGAAACUUAAGGCUCCCAUCAAAUAGAGCUGUAUACAUACCAGGCUGGGUAGUGAAUGGGAAAAUUGAAGGGAAUCCACCAAGACCUGAAAUUAAUGAGGAUACUCAGCCAAAUUUGGAGAGUUUUACCAGAACAGCAAUUGGAAGUGCAUUUGUGGUUUCAAAUAUUCCAACAUUGCCCUUGCCUGACCUCUACCCACCAAGUCAAAUCACAGAUCUUGAGGCCACACCUGAUGGGGAUAUGAUUAAUCUAACAUGGACAGCACCAGGAGACAAUUUUGAUGUUGGAAAAGUUAAACAAUAUAUCAUAAGAAUAAGUGAAAGUGUCCUGGAUCUAAGAGACAAAUUUGAUGAUGCUCUGCAAGUAAACACUUCUGAACUGCUACCAAAUGAGGCCAAUUCCAAGGAAACAUUUACAUUUAAACCAGAAAAUAUCUCAGAAGAAAAUGCAACCCACAUAUUCAUUGCCAUUCAAAGUAUGGAUAAAAGCAGUUUGACAUCAAAAAUAUCCAACAUUGCACAAGUAGCUUUGUUUAUUCCUCAAGGUGAUGCUGAUGAAAUACAUCCAAAUCCUAAUCCUGGAAUUAGCAUUUCUUCUUUGGUGUUGAUAGUGGUUGGAUGCGUGGUCCUUGUUAGUAUUAUUUUAAGUGUCACUAUUUAUAUCUUAAACAAGAAAAAGAAUUCAAGCCGAUCUAGAACAACAUUUUAA